AUGUGCGCCAAGUGCCCGUUCUGCGGGCUGGAGACGACGACGUGCUCUUCAAAGUCGUUUGCUGUGAUCAUCGGCUCCUUCGCACAGACGCACUGCUUCCCUCGCGCGGUGCAGUACCUAGAUAGCGGGAAGAUCCGCAUCAAGGGCAUGGUGACGGAUGUCUUCACGAUCGCGGAAUACCAAAAGGCGCUGGAUAAGCUGAACAGCCGCGAGGCCGUGAAGAUCGCGGUGAGGCCGCAGUGA